AUUUCCACAAACCCUAGCUCACACUAACUGCGUGUUUUCUCUGUGUGUGUGUAACCGGCGGCGAUCAAAAAUGGUGAAGUUUCUCAAACCAAACAAAGCAGUGGUGGUUCUCAACGGCCGUUUCGCCGGCCGUAAAGCCGUGAUUGUGAAACAGUUCGAUGACGGGACUCGCGACCGCCCGUACGGACACUGUUUGGUAGCCGGGAUCUCAAAGUACCCUAAGAAAGUGAUCCGAAAAGACUCAGCGAAAAAGACGGCGAAGAAGUCGCGCGUGAAGGCAUUCAUCAAGCUGGUGAACUACAACCACAUAAUGCCGACAAGGUACACUCUGGAUGUUGAUUUGAAAGAUGUGGUGAAUGUGGAGGCGCUUCAGUCACGUGAUAAGAAGGUGAGCGCGUGUAAGGAGACAAAGGCGCGUUUCGAAGAGAGGUUUAAGACUGGAAAGAACCGUUGGUUUUUCUCGAAGCUUCGUUUCUAGAUGAUGAGGUUUUCGUCUGUUAUUUUAUUUUAUGUUUUAUGCUUAUUUUCAUAUGUAUUUGAAAGAGAUUAUUAUGCAGAAUUGCUUAUGCUUAUUAUGGAUAUUAAUUUUGCUAGUUUUGUUAAA